AUGGCGAACAUCGGUUAUGAAGAUUAUGUGUACUCGUCUGAGGACGAGAACCAAGAGAAAAAGGAACAAGAUGGCUAUGACCUUGACGAAGCUGGCUCAGUCAGGGACUCAAACCAUACAUCUGACGAGGACGAGAAUGAGGACUCAAAUUUUCACACAGAUACUGACGAGUACGCAUGCUUCUCGUCCGAUUACGCGAGGUAUCAGUACGAUCAAAAGCGGUGGAAGGGGAUUGCGAAUCCCAGAAAGUACGUCAUAGCUAAGAAAAAGGGCAAAGGAGAAGCCGAAAGUCAGACGAAAGCCAAAGCCAGAAAGGACGACAAGUGCCUGCGAACUACCAAGGCUGAGAAGCAGACCAAACCCAAAUCUCUUCUCAAGUCCAGAAGAAAGGGCAAGAACAAGGAAGAAGUGCCAUUGGAACCAAAAGUGGAUAUCCCGAAGGAAGGAGAGAUUCAUUUCGAUACAAGAGGGAACCUAUGGUAUUCAUACAAGAAAGAUGGUACCUACAUAUCAGAACGAGCCACAUUCCAUCAUUGGAUUAGGGCAGAUCUGAGUCGUGGUGAAAAUCUCAAAGGUAGCUAUGCCUUCCCUCGUAAGAGAGGUACAGGAAACUACAACCUCACCUGCUUCAACGCGGUGGAACAGCAUUGGGGCCUGCAUAGACCCCACUAUGCCCCUGUCAUGUUCGAGUGGGAGCGCAUCAACCGACAGGAUCCAGUAUAUCCACUCAACAAUCUCUACCACGAAGGCUCACUCGUCAUCGACUACUGGCGUACGCCAGUCCGCAACUUUCGUGAGAUCCCACUAGUAAUAUCCUCCGCCUUCGAAGGCGGUUACAUGGAGCCCGCCACUCGUCUUCACAGCGAGAUGGCAUAUGAAGAUAUCAGGGCUCGAAUGCCCCCAUUUACCGUGACCAUUCAAAAAGGUGUCACAAAGUACAAAGCCCUCUCGAAGGCCAGCACUUUCUCCGGCAGAUCCCGUCACUUUCGCGAAAUCGCUGGAGCAACCAGCUGGGAUACCCGUGAGGGGUCCGAUAAGAUAAAAGGCUAUAUCGAGGGUAUUGUGAAGCCGAUCAAUAACUCGACUCGAGGCUCUCGCGAUCUAACCAAAGCUGAAAUCGGGAAGAUGCGCCUACCAAAUUUCGGUACAAAGCCAGGCCGUGCCAAGGAGGGGACAUCUGAAGAGUCCAAGAAGAGGUACAAGGCCGUGAUCGAAAAGGCUGCCGGUCUAGAUUCUGCCACGACCGAGGGUCUAAAUCAAUUCUUCGACGAACCCAUAAACUCCGUCGAGGACAACAACAAUCAAGAAGACGACUCCAUGGCAGCGGAGGUGAGCGACGCCGCGCCUCCACGGUUUGUAUUUUGUUGCAUGGAGGUUCCCUUUCUUCGAGCCAUGACUGAAGAAGAAGCGCUCAUGCACCCACUUGUCGAUUCUUCGGAUCCCCGAAAUCACGUACCCAAAUUAUCCAAUGAGGUCGACGCGAUACGGGAUGCACUGAAAGUGACGGUGGAUCACUUCACGGAGAUCUUCGGAGUCAGACCGAUGGUGUACGAAGGAUCGAACUACAUAUCGGAAUACUGCAACAUCCAAGACCAGAUGGACGACCUCUUUUUGGAUCACGCUACAGCGCUGCGUCGUCUGGGGCGCUGGGAGGGAACGAUGUUCGACUGGGAGCGGGCUGAAGUGGAGCACGAUCCUUGUUUCGGAAGGAAGCAACCCUUGUGA